AUGGGCCAAGAGAAUCUAACAGUGCUGUCUGAGUUCAUUUUAAUGAGAGUCACAAAGCGACCUGAGCUGCAACUCCCUCUGUUUGGCAUCUUUCUCAUCAUUUACAUGAUCACACUCAUGGGCAAUCUGGGCAUGAUCAUCUUGACCAAAGUGGACUCUCACCUCCACACACCCAUGUACUUUUUUAUUAGAAACUUGGCUUUGAUUGAUCUUGGUAAUGCUACUGUUAUAUAUCCUAAUAUGCUAGUAAAUUUAGUUACAAAUCGGUAUACCAUUUCCUACUAUGCCUGUGCCAUACAGAUGGCUUUCUUUCUUUUGUACAUUAUAUGUGUACUCUACAUUCUGGCAGCCAUGGCUUAUGACCGCUUUGUGGCCAUCUGUAACCCUUUGCUCUACAAUGUUAUCAUGUCUGAGAGACUUUGCCACAUACUGGUGGGCAUUCCAUAUCUCUUCAGUUCCUUUCAGUCUCUUUUGAUUACCAGUAAGGUUUUCACAUCAACCUUCUGUGGUACUAAUGUUGUUAGUCAUUUCUAUUGUGAUGAUGUUCCCUUUAUACCUCUGCUCUGCUCAAAUGCAAAAGAAAUAGAAUUGUUGAUCAUAGUAUUUUCAGGAUUUAAUGUGAUUUCUACCCUUGUGGUAGUUCUGCUUACCUACAUGUUGAUUCUGACAGCCAUAUUUCGAAUGCAUUCUGCAGAGGGUAGGAAGAAAGCUUUCUCCACAUGUGGUUCUCAUCUGACAGUGGUGGUUGUGUUCUAUGGAUCUGUACUAUUUAUGUACCUGCAGCCUGAAUCUGCUCAUUCUUCUGAUAAUGAAAAAAUAGCCUCUGUGUUUUAUACUUUAUUCAUUCCCAUGCUCAAUCCAUUCAUAUACAGCUUAAGGAACAAAGAAGUAAAAAAUGCUGUCCAGAGGGUUGUUAAGAAUCGUUGUAAACGCUGUAUUUGA